AUGGGAGACCAUCAACAACAACAGGUCAAUGAUUUAAACAAUGUGUUUGCCAAUAGUAAACCAUUGAAUGCAUCGACAAUGUCAAAACUACGUGGCAUGUUAAAUAGGAAUAGUAGCGUCAGUAAUGGUGGUGGCCUCGCAAGGGACCAACACAACUCAUUGCCAAUAGUCUUCAAGGUCACCGAACCAAAGGAGAACAACAACAACAAACUGGGCUCCAACAGCUUGGACACAGAGGACCUUCAUCGCAUAUCCCCUUCGCUGAGCAGCUCGUCGCUCAACUCCACCGAGAGCUUUGGCAGUGGCGUGGUGUCCACCUCAACGUCCAGCUCACCAAUCAUCAAUAGCAGGUCGCUAAAGACCACUUCGACCAGCUCGACAUCACACUCCAACUCGAUGGCUCGCUCGCCAUCGCCACGCCGUCUGUCUGGCAAGUCAUUCUCGCUGGCCAACUUCAAGAACAACAUCACUAGCGCAAGCACCAACGACUUGAACUUUAUACCAUCCAGCCCACGCGGACCCAGCGUCAUUGGUGGUCUGGCCCGACUUGACGAGACCAGCCAGUCAUCUGGUUCGUCAGACUCGUCGCCCGUCCUAACCAGACGCGCGAGAAGUCAGAGUGAGGUGUUGUUACCCACCUGGGAUACCAUCAGCUACGAUGCAGACUUUAGCAAGGACAUCAAUGAGAUGCUUUGGAAGACGACAUCUAGCCCCACAGUACAGAUCAGUCCACGCGGACUAGAGGACGACGAAGACUUUAAUCUUAGCCACCCAGGCACUGCCACCACAGCCUCUGGCUCUGUCAUCUUCUCGAUACCCACCACAUCACAGCCAUCCGCCUCACCCGAUCUCCAUCUGGAUGAGGAGAACCUCGUCAGCUCUGGAACGCGCGAGCGUCUUGUAGGCCUACUGUCCGAUGUAUCAACAUUCACUGGCACACAAUAUGUUGAGGACUUCCUCUUCUCAUUCCACUACUUCAUGGAGGACAACGAACUACUCAAAUUGCUGACGCAAAGCUUCAACAACCCUCUGUCUGCCGAAGACAUUGCUCGCUACAGUCCCAAGGAACAACUAAACAUAUCAUCACUCAAGAAGAUGAGAGUGAUCAACAUUGCAAAGAAAUGGGUAGACUUCCAUGGAAGCGACUUUAGAGACGCACAGUUUUGCAGGGCAUUCCAUCUGUUUAUUGAUCAACUGACGGACUUUAAUCCAAAGUGGGGCGCUCAUAUCAAGAAGUCAUUCUCUAGUCACGUGAUCAGAUUCUUCAAUAACGACAAGUCAUCAUCUAGUAUGAAAGAGUUGGUGUCACUCAACGAUGUAGAGACAAUUGCCACACUCAUGGCCAAGGGCCUGAUCCUACGCGACAGGAAGAAGACACUGAGGACGAUCAAGAACUCCUUCCUGGGCAAGGACGCAGUCGACUGGAUCAAACAUAGAUUCGAGCUGGACUCGCGACAGGAGUGCGUUGACCUGCUCACUAAGCUGCUGAACCAGGACUUCUUCAAGCAUCACUCAGAGAAGAGCAAGAGCAGGAGUCCCAACGGCAGCAGCUCAAACCUCAACCUUCUGGCACCAUCCUCGCCAUCACUCUCUCCAUCACCAUCAUCCCUUUCACUUCCACCAUCACCACUUUCAUCUCCAACACUCAUGCCAUCACCCACACUCUCCCGUGCAGGCUCCAGUCUUUCAGUAUCCUCCGCAACACCCAAGCCCAAGAACCUCAAGUUCAAGGACAAGGACACCAUCUACUACUUCCCAAAAUGGUCUGUUGAGCCCAGUGAUCUGGUGGAGUACCCCGAGCCAAUACUUCCCAAGCAAACUGCUCCAUCCUUCCUAGAUGUACAUCCACUGGAGGUUGCCAGACAGAUGGUACUGAUCGAAUUCAACCUCUUCAGAAAGAUCGCGCCAAAGGAUCUCUAUCAUCAAGUGUGGGGCAAGAAGGAUGCCGAGGAGAAGGCCCCCCGUCUAAUGGCAUUCAUCAAGCGAUCCAAUACUCUAAGCUACUGGGUUGCGACUGAAAUCAUACUAUCACCAAACAUAAAGCAGAGAACAACGGCAUUGAAGCGAUUCAUUACCAUUGCAGGAAUACUACACAAGAUGAACAGUUGGAAUACACUGAUGAAUGUGAUGUUGGGACUUAAUCUCGGAAGUGUUCAGAGAUUGAAAAAGACAUGGGAGAGUCUUCCAAAGAACAUCAUGGAGCUGUACGAGCAGCUGUUGAAGGAGACCACCGCCACACAGAACUAUUCAAACUAUCGACGCUCACUGGCCACUCACUCAAACUACCCCUGCAUGCCCUGUCUGGCAGUGUACCUGCGCGAUCUCACCUUUAUCGAGGAUGGCAACAGUGACUAUCUGGAGAAUGGCUUCAUCAAUUUCACCAAGAUGAAGAUGAUCUCCAAGGUGCUGAAGGAGAUCUAUCGAUACCAGCUGGCGCCCUAUCAUUUCCUAAAGGUGGACUCUAUCCAAGCCAUGUUGACCAGUGGUCUGGUGCUGGACGACAAGCAACUGUACAAGGCUAGCGCCAUGAGGGAGGAGACCACCAGGACGAUCACGGUGAACUCUGGAUUGAAGUUGGAGAGGAAGAAGUCUCUAUUCAGUCUACAAUCACCAAAGAAGUAA